AUGUUGUGGCUUUUUGAUCUGCUGUCGUUGGUGUUGAUCGUCGUACGAGUGGUUCGUCACUAUGACCUGUUCGGUGUGGAACGUCGCGACUCCGACUCGAACAACACAUCGAUGGGUCUUUAUAACCAUUUCCCGAGUGUAUUUCCACUCGAUAAACGAGGAUCAUCUCUGUCUGCCACAUUAAUAAUACUGAAAGCAGCGUUCGAAAUUCUUCUCUUCAUACGCUUGAAAGGAGUGGCGAUUCGAGUGUAUUGGAUUAUGACUCCGUUAUGGCUGUUCCUCAUUAUUGCAAUUGUUGAACUUACACGGCGAUUGAUAAGCAUUCACAAUAAGUCAACGAGCACAGCAGCGCAAUAG